AUGUCACGAUACAUUGAUCAAUGCCCAGCACCGGCCAAGGUCCGACCCGUGAAGGUGGUCGUGGCUAGCCCUAGCCGUUCUGGAACUCUGAGCAUGUUCAUCGCCAUGAACAUGCUGGGUUUCAAGACGUACCACUUCGCCGAGUGCGUUCUUGAAAAAGGCUUGCCUCAUCUGAGAUUCUUCAGAGAGGCAAUCACUGCACAGUACAAUCGCCUGUCAGGAGUCAAGCGAUACAACAAGGCCGAUUUUGAAAAGUGGAUGGCUGAGUAUGACUGCAUGGUCGAGAUCCCCAGCUAUAUGGGCAAAGACCUGCUCGGAGCGUACGCAGACGACCCAGACGUGAAGUUCAUCCUUACAGAGCGCCAGCCGGAGAAAUGGGCAAGAUCGGUCAACAACUCAGCGGGCGGCGUGGUCAAAAUGGCAGAGAGCUUCCCCAUGAACAUUCUGAAGAACUUCGAUCCCACCCUCUGCGAGUUUAUGAGAAUCAAUAUCCUCAUUUAUGACGCCCUCGCCCGCGGCACGAGGCCAGGUGACCCAGAUAACGAGGAGGAGCUCUGCACAUAUUACAACGACUACAUCAAAAUGGCCAAGGAGGUCAUCCCUGCGGAUCGGUUGCACAUCAUCACACUGGAGAAUGGUGUGGAUUGGGAGGAUAUUUGCCCCUUCCUAGGGUUGCCAAUUCCAGACGAGCCUUACCCAAUGCCUAAUGACCCUGCCAACUUCAAGAAAAUGGUGGACGGGUUCCUGAAGCCACGAAUGAGAGCUGCAAUUAUCAGAUUGGGCGCCGUUGCUCUGCCAACUCUGGGAGUUGCUGGAUGGGCGUCCUUUAAGUACGGGCCAACGCUGCUGGCUUUACUGAAGGGGAUGAUGUAG